AUGAAGGAUAAGAAGGGAGUCGACUCGACCGGCCGCCCCGACGCCAACCGCCGCGUCCUCUUCGACCCCAGCAUCACGCAACAGCAAAGAAGGCGGCAGCAGCAGCCGUUGACCGACCCCACAAAUAGCUUUGGCCAGACGGCGGGCAGCGUCGCCGGUCCCGCCGUGCCAAACAGUUUGAUAGGCCGAAGCUUCGACAUCAACCAGCUCGAGGACGAGAGCAGGUGGCUCGAGGCCGCCAUCCGGCAGGAGGACAUCUUGCUGGCGCGCCAAGGCGACCCCGUCGGAAUGGCGCUGCGACUUGAGAACACUCAAAGAUGGAUCAGGAGACUGGAGGCGCUCAUGGAGACGCCCACUCGGAGCCGCACCCAGACGCAGGCCCAGACAAUGCUGCCCACCCCGGCGGACACCCCGGCAGCCACCCCGGCCGCCGAGGGGGCAGGCGGCACCGGAGACAACGGCGCAGCGGAGAAGAAGUGA